AUGGAGAAAUCAAGUGUUAUGCUGCUCCUCCUCCUCUCUUCAUCCCUCGUGAGUGGAAGUUCCAUCUCCAAGAAGGAUUUCCCCGAAGGCUUUGUCUUUGGCACUGCUUCUGCUGCUUAUCAGUACGAAGGAGCUGCUCAUAUUGACGGAAGAGGACCAAGCAUUUGGGACACAUACACUGAAAAGCAUCCCGACAGAAUCGCCGAUGGUAGCAAUGGAACUGUUGCAGUGGAUUCUUAUCAUCGUUACAAGAAAUAUUCGAGUCUGAUGAAUGACAUAGGUUUCGAUGGUCAUAGAUUCUCCAUAUCAUGGUCAAGACUACUUCCUAGUGGAACAAUCAAAGGUGGGGUGAACCAAAAAGCCAUAGAUUUUUACAACAAUCUCAUCGACGAUCUCCUGAAAAAAGGCGUGAGUCCUUUCGUAACGUUGUUUCAUUGGGACACUCCUCAAGCCCUGGAAGACGCGUACGGUGGAUUUCUCGGUAGACAGAUCGUAGAUGAUUUCGGAGAUUAUGCCGAUCUAUGUUUUCGAGAAUUCGGAGAUAAAGUGAAGUACUGGAUGACGAUAAACGAGCCUCUGACGGUAGCAGAAUCCGGCUACGGUAGCGGAGGAAUGGCUCCGGGGAGAUGCUCAAAAUACGUAAAUCCGAAUUGUUUCGGCGGAGAUUCUGCCACCGAACCCUACAUCGUAUCCCACCACCAGCUUCUUGCCCAUGCCACCGCCGUGAAAAUCUACCGUGAAAAGUACCAGGCUUCACAAGGAGGAAAGAUCGGGGCGGCGAUAAACUCGUACUGGAGAGUACCGAUAACACCCCCACCCUACGAUGAUCGUAUGGCAGCGGCUCGAUCCAUCGCCUUCCAAUACGACUGGUUUUUGGAACCGAUGACAUCGGGACAUUACCCGGAGGAUAUGGUGAGCCACGUGGCGGAGCGGCUACCGAAAUUCACACACGAAGAGGCGAAAAUGCUCAAAGGAUCGUACGAUUUCGUCGGAAUCAAUUACUAUGCUUCUAAUUACGCGGCCGAUGCGCCAUGCACCACCGUCAAUAUGAGCUACGGGAGUGACCCUUGCGUCAAAAUCACGAACGAUCGAAAUGGAGUGCCUAUUGGACCGCCGGGUGGGUCGAGUUGGCUCGUCAUUUACCCAAGAGGCAUAAGAGACCUCAUACUCUACACUAAGUACAAAUUCAAAGAUCCAGUCAUCUACAUCACCGAGAACGGUUACAACGAGAAAGAUGUCGGAAAAAUAUCCCUCGACGACACCAAGAGAAUAGAUUACUUCUCGAAACACCUCAAAAUGGUUCGAAGUGCAAUUUCAUUGGGAGCGAACGUUAAAGGGUAUUUUGCGUGGUCGUUGCUCGACAAUUUCGAAUGGUUCGAUGGCUACACGAUCCGUUUCGGGAUGACGUACGUCGACUACAAAAACAAUCUGAAACUGUAUCCGAAGAAAUCGGCUAAAUGGUUUAAGAAGUUCCUCCAUAGAUGAAGCUUUGAGGCCUGUGUACGUUGGAGCAGAUGAGGGUUUUUCUUCUGAAUAAG